AGACGGAGGCCCGGCAGCCGUGGACAGACAUGGCGAACAGCAAGAAGAAAGCAGAGGAGGGGGAGGAGAUCCAGAAGUUGGGGAAGAAGUUUGGGAAACUGGAUCUGGAUAAAUCCGGCUCUCUGAGUGUGGAUGAGUUCAUGUCUCUGCCAGAACUUCAGCAGAACCCGCUGGUCCGGAGAGUCAUUGACAUCUUUGACACUGAUGGGAACGGAGAAGUCGACUUCAUUGAGUUCAUUAAGGGAGUGUCUCAGUUCAGCAUCAGAGGAGACAAGCUGCAGAAGCUCCACUUUGCUUUCAGGAUCUAUGACAUGGACAAAGACGGAUUCAUUUCCAACGGGGAGCUCUUCCAGGUCCUGAAGAUGAUGGUGGGCAACAACCUGCAGGACACAGAGAUGCAGCAGAUUGUCGACAAAACCAUCAUCAGCGCUGACAAAGAUGGAGACGGCAGGGUGUCCUUUGACGAGUUCUGCGCUAUGGUUGGUGGGUUGGACUUCCACAGGAAGAUGGUGGUGGACAUCUGACAGCAGUGAAAAUCUUCAUCACUUCCCUCUAAGCUGGCUGGACAGGAACCAUCAACACUUACUUUCAAAGCACCAGAACUCUGAAUGAACCGUUCACAUGGAAGGAAACUGUCAGUCAAUUUUCUGUUGUGUUCCUGGUUCUCCUGAACUGGGCUCUGGUCCAGGAAGACCGGACUGAGGGUUUUCAUCUAAGAUUCAAACAAUCAGAGUCACUUCAGAGUGAGCAGCAUGCUGCAGUGAAAUGUGAUGGUUAUCUGGACCUGGUGGUUGUUUCAUCACGUCCUGAUAGGCAGCACCUGUAGAACAAAAGACUGAAGCUGGUCUCUGUUGGAGGACGAUGAUGUUCUCCAGUAUGGAGAUCAGUGCAACAACCUGAGGAACCAUCUGAGACAGUGUUAGUUCAGAUCAUGGUAGCUCUCAGCUUUUCUUCUUCAGGGACCAAACGCUUAACCAGGACUUUCACGCAGAAAUGAUGGAAAACUGCCGUAGAAACGCCGUACAAAUUACACACACGUAGUGUUUUCAUAUCCUUAUAGGGACCUUCCAUUGACUUCCAUUCUUUGCCAUAGCCUUACCCUGACCCUUGACCUCAACUCAAUUCAUACCUUAGUCCUAAACCAUUAACCCACACCACCAAUCACCACUGUUUGGACCAGGCAAAUUGUCUACACAACACACACACACACACACACACAAAUGCAUGUGAAGUUACUUGUGUGGAUAUUAAACUGCUGUAGCAGAGGCCUUAUUAUUAUUAUUGUUGUUUAGAUCUGGCAAAUUCUGCAAUGCACGAAGAGCAAGUUUUUCUAUAGUAAAAAUGUACUCAUCCAAAUCACUCCAGUAAAAAAAGUAUUUGGUAGAAAUUUGACUCAAAUACUGCAUAAAUGAUCAUCUGAUUUAAUUUGUACAAAAUGAAUCAAACAAACAGUAGAAUUAUAAAGAAUAAAAAUAAGUAACAU